CAGUUCACUGUGUUACCCUGGCUAUACGCCUAUACCCCUUGGCAUCCCCAAUUCCACCCUUUGAAGUUUGACCCUUAAUUGUCCUAAAAUGGCAAAUUUUUUGUAGCAUUUUUAGCCAUUUUUACCAUCUUUUCAUCUUCCAUUCUUUCACCAAUAUGAAGCUUCUUUAUCUUUGAUCUCUCCUUCUACGAAGACUAAUUGCAAGGAGAAAAAAUUGCUGUUGUUGCAGGUAACUUCUGUGUUUAGCACUCAAAACUGGUAUUUCCAAGUUAGCUAUAUAGGCUUUAAGAAUUUAGCAUGAAUGCUCCUGCAUUUGCGCGGCAAGUUACAAGACCGCCUUUUGUUCCUCAUUUUGUUCCUCAAAGGGGAACUGAAUACCAACCUCCUACAACGAACAAGCUGGUAACUGAUAAUACACCCUCAAAAGCUGUCAAUUCGGUGUACAAGACAGGAAUUUGCAGGAACUUUAAUAUUUCUGGUAGAUGCAACUAUGGGGACUUUUGCAUUUUUGCUCAUGUGCCUGGCAAAAUGAGGGACUCAAGAAUGAUGAAUGAGAACACCUCUGGUAGAAGAAUCUGCAAAUACUCAUGGGAGAUGUGUCCUUAUGGUAAACGAUGUACUUUUCUGCAUAAAAAACCAGAGAUUUACGAAGAGAAGAACAACUACAACUUGCCUAGGGAGAAAUCUGUUAUAAUGAUUCAGGAAGAAGAUGUUGAUUCGAAAACCAAGACAAGGUUAUGCAACAAUUGGAUGGUUAAUUGCUGCGCUUACGGUUCGAAAUGUAAAUAUGCUCAUGGAAAUGCAGAUUUAAGAAGAUCUGUACCCGCACUUGCAUCAAAAUCUGGAAACACACCUAUUGCUCCAAUAUCCUUGGUAAAAAAUAUGCUACAGAAUGAGGCUCAGAAACCCAGUGUUUUGAAACAGAAACUGCCAUCAAUUGCACCAAGAGUGUGCUUAUUCAAGAAGAAAAAGAUUAAGAAGUUGGUUGGUAUCUAUGCUGAUUGGAUUGGUGAUGAAUCCUUAGUGCCCUGUUUGGCUAGUGAGUAUCAACAAUGAAUUCCGGAUUGGGGAUUGUGACAUGGGGUACUUGUUUUGGAGUUGGCAACAGUAUAUAAACAGAGUUCAGAAAUACAGUUAGUGAAAGUGCAGUAUAGUACCAAGAUUACAUCAGGUUUUUUCAACAGAAGAUGGAUGCAUGUGGACUUGCAGCUACUGAAGUUUAUUAGUUUCCGUUCAAGUUUUUGUUAGGAGUAUACCGCUUGGAUGGCGUACGGGUACGUAGAUGCUUGUUCUGCUACUGUAUUAGACAUAGAAAGUACAUUAAAAGCUCAUACCAUUUUGAGGUCUUUUCAUUAAAGAGAAGUCUGAUAGUAUUCCUGGUUCAAUCUAUUGUUCAUUGUUGAGUCUUGCUUUA